AUGUAUGAACCUCUGGAGCUCAGACGCUCAGAGCCUGACUCAUUUAAGGCCAAACUGAAGGAGAUGCAGCACUUCUUUGGCCUGGAAGAGAGUGGAGAUGUGGAUCCACAGACCGUAGCAGCUAUGAGAAGAGCUCGCUGUGAUCUCUCUGACAUUGAGCCAUUCAGAAGGACAAUGUGAUGAAUGAACAGAGCUCUAAAGAUGAGAAUCUCCAGAUUCAGCUCAAAGCUGACAGCUGCACAAGUCAGGACAGCACUCAGACAGGCAUGGAAACUUUGGGCUCCAGCAGUGCUGAAAUUCCGAAGACAGAGAAGGAGUGAUGCUGACAUCAUUAUUUCCUUCAAUAACAAAGAUCAUGAAGAUGGGUCACCGUUUGAUGGUGAGGGAGGUGUCCUGGCACAUGCCUUCUUCCCUGGCCCGGGCAUUGGAGGAGAUGUGCACUUCGAUGAUGAGGAGGCCUGGACAAUAAAUGCCAAGGGGUUUCGGCUCCAUGAAAACAUACUUGCAAUGUUUUCUGUGCUGAAGUGACCUGUCCCUGGAGCCAUCAUGUUCCCAGCCUAUAAUUUUGUCUUGCACACUGUUUUGCAACUGUCUUUCCUGGAUGUCAAAGAUAUACAGGAAAUGUAUGGUAUGAAUGAAUCAGACUUUGCAAAGUUACAUAAAUGGGCAAAAACAGAUACAUUUGAGCCUAUGCUAUCAUUCGACGCACUGACAGUUAUGCAACAGGAGUUUGUUUUCUUUAAAGACAGGUUUAUUUGGCGGGUACAUCCCAGUUUUGAGCAAAUAGGAAUCACAGUAAUAACAAGUUUGUGGCCUGACCUCCCAGCUCACAUAGUAGAUGCUGCCUAUGAAAACACAUACAAAAACAACAUGCUAGUUUACAAAGGCUCUUAAUACUGGGAGGUCUAA